AUGCUUCCCUCAUGUACGCGAUGUUCGCUGCCAGCGACCAUCCGUACUGUUCUCAAGUCGGCGUCUGGGCUGACUGCGUCGGAUCCUGCGUCGGAUCCUGCGUCAAUGUCCACGCUUAAGGGUUGGAUCAAGUCCAUCCGAGGACACAAAAACGUCUCUUUUAUCAGUAUCUCUGAUGGCUCGACAUACGAACCCCUUCAGGCCGUCUACAGAGGCGUUUUGGGCCCCGAGUACUCCAUCGGAGCCAGCGUCCAGCUCACUGGCAAGCUCCAACCGAGUCGUGGUCGUCAAGAGGUAGAAUUUCUCAUCUCCAAGUCGUCCGUCCUUGGCCCCUGUGACACCAUGGAAUACCCCAUUCAAAAGAAGAAUCUCCCAACCAAGGUUCUUCGGGAUCAUGCCCAUUUACGCUUUCGAACGACUCAAACGACCGCAUUGAUGCAUCUCCGGGAUGGGAUAUUGCGCGACUGGCACGAUUGGUUCGAAUCCAACGCCUUUACUUAUAUUCACACGCCCGUUCUCACGUCUUCCGACUGUGAAGGAGCUGGCGAGACAUUUUCCCUCUCGUCAAACGUCUUCCCUGACCGUGUCAACCUCACCGUCUCCUCCCAACUCCAUCUCGAAGCCCCGACGCACGCCGUGUCCCGAACCUAUACGCUUUCACCUUGUUUCCGGGCUGAACCCAGUGCGACUCCUCGACACCUCGCCGAAUUCUAUAUGCUCGAAGGCGAGGUGGUGGUGGAUACGCUGGACGGACUGAUGGAUGUCGUGGAGGAUGGGAUCAAGUCGACAUUAAAGUCAAUGCUCAGAGGGACAACAGAUAGGUCGGAGCGACUACGCGACGCCUUACUCGCCAUCCGGAGCUCGGACGUCGUCAGGGACACAAUGGCUGAUUUGAAUACUACCAUGUACGAGCCAUUCGCCCGGAUGACCUAUGCCAAAGCCAUCAAGAUCCUAACCAAACACCACGCCGUCACACCCUUCAACCACCCCCCCAUCCCUGGCCAUGGGCUCUCCCUCGAACAUGAAAAACACCUCGCCGCCGACAGACCCAUCUUCAUCACCCACUAUCCUGCGGCUAUCAAACCCUUUUACAUGCUCCCAGCUGACAAUGACACCGUGGCCUGCUUUGACCUCCUCCUUCCGUCUCUGGGCGAAAUUGCCGGCGGAUCCUUAAGGGAGCACCGAUUAUCCCACCUCGAAGCCUCCCUCCCGAGUGAGGAGUAUGCAUGGUACGCUGAUCUACGACGCUACGGGUCGAUCCCACACGGAGGCUGGGGCAUGGGCUGGGAUAGAUGGAUAAGUUGGAUCACCGGAGUAGAUAAUGUUAAAGAUGUAGUCGCUUUUCCGAGAUGGGUCGGACAUUGCAAGUAUUAA